AUGGGCAAAGAUGAAUGGCUCAUCGCCUUCGCACUGAUCACUUUGCUUUCGGCGAGGGGAUUCCUCGCCGUCAGCUUCUUCCGAAAUCGAGAAAGUAACGGAUAUCUCGAUUAUCUUAUCGAACCGCAGUGGAUGCACGACAACGAUGCCAAGGGGCCACUCCGGGAUGCGAUGCAACGAGCAGCGAGAAACCUGGGGUUUACUGAGGACUGCGCAAACGAGGAAACGGCAUUCUUCAUCCCCGACCAGUCGAGGCAACUGUUGUUCGAAGAGGCGGAGAAGCAAAAUAUCGUGUUGUGGGAUGGUCCGAAUCUACGGGUCCUUGCAUUUUCACUGGAACGGGCUCUGGAACGAAAGCUGCGACGGAUCCACAACAAAAUGCAAAGUACCAAGUGGGAAUCUGAUACGAAUGAUGCUCUUGCACUUUUGAGAACCAUGGACGAGGUUGCUGCAGCCUAUCGAAGGAAGUAUGACGAGGAGGUCCUCUAG